UUUAGUCCCUUCAUGCUGUCCAAGUACUCUCUUUUUUCACGGUGCACCCAUUCCAGCAGGUUUUCGCACGCUCUGCAGUCUGCAGCUGAACGAUGGGUUUGGGCGGGACAACCUUGCAAACCCUGAAGCUCGCCACUAUUCCUCCAAUCUCAUUUUCUUCAUCUUUCCGCUCCGUUUUCAAACCCUUUUCCCAAACCUUCCUCUGCCACCAUAGCCGCAGACAACGAUUUCCAUUUCCUCCGCUUUUCUUCGUCAGAGGCCUUUCGGCCCCGGCCGCACAGGCAACUGCUACCGCAACCCCUAAAGAAACAAGCCCGGAUGAAAAGGGUGUGAAGCAGCAAUGGAAAGCAGCGAUAGACUUCAAGUGGAUAAGAGACAACAAGGACGCGGUUGCGGCCAACAUAAAGAAGAGGAACUCCAAUGCCAAUUUGGAACUUGUGCUUGAGCUCUACCACAAAAUGCUGAGUCUUCAAAAGGAAGUUGAACGGCUUCGUGGGGAAAGGAAUGUGGUGGCAAACAAGAUGAAAGGAAAGUUGGAGCCAUCCGAGCGUCAAAAACUUAUAGAUGAAGGAAAGAAUCUGAAGGAAGGGCUUCUUUCUUUGGAAGAAAACCUGCUUAAACUUACUGAUGAGCUUCAGCAGGAAGCACAAUGUAUACCAAAUAUGACUCAUCCUGAUGUCCCGAUAGGCGGAGAGGAUUUUUCAACCUUAAGAAAUAUGGUAGGCAGCCCACGUGAGUUUAGCUUUCCUGUCAAGGAUCACCUUCAACUUGGAAAGGAACUGGAUCUUUUUGAUUUUGAUGCAGCUUCAGAGGUCAGUGGCUCAAAGUUUUACUAUCUGAAGAAUGAAGCAGUACUCCUAGAGAUGGCCCUUAUUAACUGGACGCUCUUGGAAGUCAUGAAAAGGGGCUUCACACCUUUAACAACCCCAGAAAUUGUAAGAUCUUCUGUUGUUGAAAAAUGUGGUUUCCAGCCCCGAGGAGCAAAUACCCAGGUGUAUUCUAUUGAGGAUAGUGAUCAGUGCCUCAUCGGCACAGCAGAGAUUCCUGUUGGGGGAAUUCAUAUGGAUUCUAUACUUGCUGCAUCAUUGUUACCUUUGAAAUAUGUGGCAGUUUCCCAUUGCUUCCGUACUGAGGCAGGCGCUGCAGGUACAGCAUCAAGGGGUCUGUAUCGAGUCCACCAAUUCAGCAAGCUGGAGAUGUUUAUAUUAUGCCGACCAGAGGAUAGUGAUUUGUUCCAUGAAGAGCUCUUAAGAAUUGAAGAAGACCUGUUUUCAUCGCUAGGAUUACACUACAAAACUUUGGACAUGGCAUCUGGGGAUUUAGGUGCGCCUGCUUAUCAUAAAUUUGAUAUUGAAGCAUGGAUGCCUGGUUUAGCAAGAUAUGGAGAGAUAUCAAGCGCAUCAAACUGUACAGACUAUCAAAGUCGUCGUCUUGGGAUCAGGUUUCGUUCUACAGAACCAGCGUUAACAAAUCCUAAGAAGGGCAAAAGCAGCCUCGCUCCACCAGAGUUUGUUCACACACUGAAUGCAACGGCCUGUGCAGUACCACGAAUGAUCGUAUGCAUACUUGAGAACAACCAGCAAGAAGAUGGCUCGGUCAUUAUCCCUGAGCCAUUGAGGCCCUUUAUGGGCGGACUGGAGUCCAUACAUCCCAAACCUAGGUAGGAUGAUGUUGUAAAUUAUAUUUGCUCGGAAAUUUCUGUGGGAUCAUUCUUUGGUUAUGAGAUUUUUCAUAGGUGGGAGGGGGGAGUGUAAGCAAAAGCCGACAAAUACGGUGGUCAUUUCUUAAAGUUUAUUUGGAAUCCUUUGCAUCAAGAGAUGAUCAUUAUAGAGUGUUUCAAGCUCUGUUGCAAUGAAUCACAUUGUGUA